AUGGUACAGACAGAGGGACGGGAGACGGCGGGUGCUGAGGGGCACAUCAUCGCAGAGGAAGAGGGGCAGCAUAACGAGGAGGCAGCGUCGCAGGUAUUCGCAUACCGAGAGACGCAGAGCAUGGCAGAGACAGGGCGUCAAAAUACUAUGGAGGAGGUUCGUGUCGUCCCGGAGGCUGGAGUGGGGCACUAUGAGGGAGAUGCGCUGGAAACAGAAGAGGAGCAGAAUGAGGAGGAUACGGUACAUCCGGCAGUCCGGAUAUUUUUGGGAGGAAGUCCGACGCGGGGACCAGGAACCGGGGUAGAGGGGCCAUGGAGGGUGGCAGACGAUGGGGCGCCUAGGGAUACAGUGGAUCUCAACAGGCAGAGGCGGCCCACCCUUCACCAGAGAGCAGUGGAGAGGAAUCUCGGCCAAGGCGGGGUGGCAGAAGCGUUUUGGCAGGUUCGCCAGUCGGGAGGGGGGAUGGCGGAGGGCACGUUAAAGAGGGUGGAAGAGAGGUUGAGAGAGGUUCUGAGAGAAGACUCUGAGCGGCGGAACAGGGAUAGACUGCAGGACGAGGAGCGGAGGCAGAAGGCCACGAGGAAGGAAGCAGACGCCGCAGAGAGACGGAAGAAGGAACAACAGCAGGAGGAAGCGCGUCGGCAGAAGGAGAUGAGAGAGGGAAUGAAGGAGAUGAAGGAGGCGAUGAUGAAGGAGAUGAAGGCAGAAAUGAAGGAGAUGAAGGAUGGGAUGGUAAACCAGAUUGUGGGGAGGUUGAGCGCGGUUUUGCGAGAAGAAUCCGAGCGGCAGAAGAAGGAGAGGCAAGUGGACGCGGAGCGGCGACAACAGCAGGACGCGAAGAGGAAACAAGUGGCGGAUGACGAGGAGAGACACAAGAGGAAACAACUGGACGAGCAAUGGCGGAAGGAGGAGGAGGUGAAGAGGAAGGAUGUAGAGGCCACAGAGCGGCGGAGGAAGAACAAACAUCAGGAGGAAGAGCGACGGCAGAAGGAGGUGGAGGCGGGAAUGAAGGAAGUGAUGGAGGCUGUGAAGGAGAUGAAGACGGGGAUUAAGGGGUGGAAGGAGGGGAUGCUAAGUGAGGUGGAAAAGCGGCUGUCAAUGGUUCUGAGAUUGGACGCAGAGCGGCGGCAAAAGGAGGAGCAGGGUAGGAAGGCAACAGAGGGAGAUCAGGGACAGAAGGAGGAUGCGCAGAGGAAGGAGGCAGAGGAAGCAGAGCGGGUGGAGAGGGAGAAACAGCAAGAGAUGGCGCUCCUGCAGAAGGAGGAGGCGCAGCGGAAAGAUGCAGAGGAGGCCGAGAGGCAGGAGAGGGAGAAACAGCAGGAGAUGGCGCGCCUGCAGGAGGAGGAGAGGCAGAGGAAGGAGGCAGAGGAGGUAGAGCGGCGUCAGAGGGCGAAACAGCAGGAAUUGGACCGCCUGCAGAAGGAGGAGACGCAGAAGAAGGAGGCAGAGGAGGCCGAGCGGCAGCAGCGGGCGAAUCAGCAGGAGAUGGAGCGCCUGCAGAAGGAGGAAGCGCAUAAGAAGGAGGUAGAGGAGGCCGAGCGGCAGCAGAGAGCGAAACAGCAGGAGAUGGAGCGCCUGCAGAAGGAGGAAGCGCAGAAGAAGGAGGCAGAGGAGGCCGAGCGGCAGCAGAGGGCGAAACAGCAGGAGAUGGAGCGCCUGCAGAAGGAGGAAGCGCAGAAGGAGGCAGAGGAGGCGGAGCGGCAGUAG